AGGAGGAGGCGUCCGGGUUCAGAACGACUGCACGGCGGGCUGCUGUCACCGGCCGAGAUGUCCGCGUCGUCCACGCAGAGCCCGGACACGACCAGCCGGAGGAGGAGGCCGGCCGAGCACACGCAGGGUGAGCCGACACGGGGCGACUAUUCUUUGUGCGAGAACGAUCCUCAGGCUACAGGUUACAAUCAUGAACACUUCCAUGACCGACUGUGUGGCGUUCAACAACUAAACACAACCAACACCUGCAGUCCCUCUUUAUGUCCCUCCUCGUAUCCUGCAGUGAAAUGUGUGUCUGCACACGCAUGUGCGAGUCAUCAUGUCUGUGAAGAAAGCUGGGAGGAGAUCCAGAGCAAGAAAACCAUCAGAGCGGAGAAUGAAGUGGAAGCCAACAAACUGGUCAACAACUACCGGUUUGGUUUUAGAAAAUGGAAGAGUCACGUGACAGAGCGGCCGUUUGAAGACCGAUCAGAGGUUGUGAAAGAGCUCUACUCUGAACUGAACGUCAUUAAACCACAUGCAGGUCCAGGUCAACUCAUCACAUGUGGAAACGUACUGUACGUGUUCCUUUUUGGAUGGUGGGUUUCUCUGGCAUACCUCCUGGUCGGCAUAUUCAUGUUCAUCACUAUUAUCGGUGUACCGUAUGGAAAGCUUUGCUGGAAGUUGUGUCGCUACUUCCUGUGGCCGUUUGGCAACUCAAUCCACGAGAUAGGAAACACGUUGAGGAGAUGUUGUGAGCAGGCACCAGACUGUGACUGCAGCUUAGAGGCGAUGGACGAUAGCUCGCCAGUUCUGCUGCCUUCACCCACUGAGAUACCCGUCCCAGAGGUGCCAGGACGACCUGUGCGCACUCCCUACUGGCGUCGUUUCUCCACCUAUGUGUGGCUGCUGCUGGGAUAUCCUCCCCUGGUGGUCGUUCACUCUCUGGUCUGCUUCAUCUCCUGGAUCCUGGUCUUCACCAUCCCGGUUUCCAAGAUGAACGCUCAGACUCUAGGUGUCAUUCUCCUCCUGGCUCCUGAGGAUGUCUCCAUCUCCAGCAGCUCACGGAGGAAGCAUCAAGGCUACGAGUCCAGAGCGCUGCUGUGCUGCUACCACGCUGCAAACUGGUACUACUACAAGUACGGCAUCUGCAUGAUCAUCGGAGGCCUGAGACACAGCGAGCAAAGAUUCAACAGUCGUUGUACAGGAGUGAGCUCUGCGUUGCUUUUCAUCUCCGUAGGAGGUGUGUUUGCACCAACACUGUUCUCCAAAGCUUACGGGAACCUGGUGUGCGACGCCUGCACCAACUCCACGGGAGGAAACAGCACGAGCAACAGCAGCGGGCCGUUCGUCUGCCACAACUGCCACUACGAUCUGAACAAUGGUACGCUGUUCCACAACCACGUUCAGUAA